AUCAAAAUUUCGUGUGUAAUAGAACAAGUAUUUCCCUUUUGGCAAAGCUAGAAAAAAUUUUUACUCAAAAUUCGAAAAUUUAAAAUAUUGGACUAGCACAUUUUAAUAAAAUGGCGCUUCGUCUUACAGCUGUUGCUUUCCGAAGGCGCGCUUCUUUAUUACACGUGCCAAAGUUGCAACCACCACCGUCAACCCGCACUUUAUUAGUUAGGAAGAAUCUGGUACCGUUUCUAGAUGAUGAUCCUUGUGUGUUCUCGAAGAAGGCCGUUAUGCAUCAUUGGGGGGUUCUUCCCAUUUUGGUCAUAAGUGUAGUUGGUUUGUUCCUCAAAGUUGGUGCCAUGAUCAGGCUGGGUCUGACCAAGGAUGAUGUCUGGUUUACCAAGGACUCGGCGCAUUACGAGUUUUUUGAAUCGCGCCAAGGACCUUGGUAUAAACCAAAGAGCCGCAAGUGGGGUGGCCGUAGUGACUAUGAAAUGCCACCCGGGGCAAUCUUGGCCAGACAAGGCGAUGUCAAUGGACCAUCAUUUGAGAAGGAUGACAAAAAAAAGAUAAACUUCGCCUGGAUUAGAGGUGGUCAGAUUAGCAUAGAAGCUAUGUACUUCAUAGAUCUGACCAUACAGCUACCAUCCUGCCGGCUGGCUCUAAGGUUCCGGAUACGCUAAGAAAAAUUCCCUACAAUAGCUGAUAAACGAGUUUUUAAACAUGGAAGACUUUCCAUCAUUAUAGCGAGACUUCCGAGUGCAUUACAACAAAAUUUUAAAUUGGCAAGGAGAAGGUCGUGCUUUUCUAUUUAUUCGUGAACAAUUAUAUUCAAGUAUAUUUAUAAUACGUAUGCAUAAACUACUGAAU